CCAGAGUGCGAUGGGUCACAAAAUAUGGUGCUUCUUGCUCCCUCAAACUUAUGUUCAUCAUUUGAAUAACUGAAACGCAGAUCUCCUAUCGACUCCACGAUUGGCUACUUUCAAUGGAGCACGACAAAAGAAGAGCUCGAAAUCUUUGGGUAAUCUAGGGCUUGCAACUCGAUUCAAUAUAGCAGUUGGAUCAAAUACGGACAGACCAGAUGCUGAUAACGUUGAAAUGUUGCUGCCUUCAUUUGAAUCGGUUAAUAACCGUCCUGAAAUGACAUCAUUACCUCCUGUUAUGUUAAUGCCAUCUGUUGAUCCCGAAGUUAUUCACUUGCAGAAAGAGCUGCUACUGAGACAGUUACGAUUACAAAGAAUGCAAGAGAAAGUGUUACAAGCGCAGUUCAACACCAUUCGUCUUCCAAUAGCAAGCACAUGCGCUUUUCCAGAUAUGAAGAAAUUGAUCCCGACGGUGGUCAAGUUCAAAUACUUGGAGAUGGAGAUGAUGAAUUUAUUGGAGUGA